UCUUAGGGCAACUUCAUUCACCCACGCGUGGUGAAAGAAGCCUGCUUACCCACGACAGGGUCUCCGACUCCCAUCUCCGUCACCCUAGGGGAUGACAAGACCCAGCGCUUCUUCGAUCAGACGGUCACCGACCUCCCUUUCUUCCUCACUCUCGAGCCGACCGAUCGUUCCCGGGCGUCUCGUCGCCACCGCUCCUCUGCACAUUUCGAUGUGAUGGAGACGGGGUACGACUUCAUUCUCGACAUUCCGUGGUCUCGUCGGUUCCGCAGCACCGAGGCCGAUUGGGCGACCAACACUCUCGUUCUCAAAACGAAAUGUGGACAGACGUAUCGCGUACCUUUCAUAGGUACCACCGCGACACCACGCCCCGAUCCUCCUCCCCCGGAGCCUUCCGUGCCCACACCAUCUCCUUCUAUCACUGUCACCUCGCCUCGGCAGUUCGCCCACUUCAUCCGACAGGACGACGUCACUUUUUGUAUGGUAAACGUGACGGAUCUCUUACACUAUGAUCCACCCUGUCCCGACGCCGAGCUCAUCCCCCUGGAGCCAGAUCCUCCUCCUAUCUCCAUGACUCGCAUCUCUACUUCCGUCCCUCCGCUGUCCGUCGAGUUCACCCCGCCGUCGCGCGCUGACGCUGACGCUGAGGAACUCGCACGAUAUACAGCUGUCCUGGAGCCCGCAGUUCGUGACCUCAUCCGAGAGUACCACGACAUUUUCCCAUCGUCGUUCUCGUACGCCGGCAUCCCACGGAUGCGCAAUGUCGAGCACUCCAUUCAGCUUGUGUCUGACUAUCGUGUUCACCACCAGGCACCCUACAGACUCUCGAUCCCCAAGGCCACCGAGCUUAAGCGCGACCGCUUCUUUACGAAGAUUGAUCUUCGUAGUGGUUACCAUCAGAUCCGCGUCGCUGCAGCCGACCAGCAGAAGACCGCGUUCCGAUCGCGCUUCGGCCAUUACGAGUUUAUGGUGAUGCCAUUCAGCCUCACCAACGCACCCGCUACCUUCCACACGGCGAUGAACGACAUCUCCAGGGACAUCCUGGAGCAGUACGUUCUCGUCUACCUCGACGAUAUCUUGGUCUACAGUCGUACCCUUGAGGAGCACCUCAGACACCUCCGCGACGUCCUUGACCGCUUGCGCAGACAUGGCUUCUACGCCAAGCUAAGCAAGUGUCGCUUUGCCCAGCACAAAGUGGAUUUCUUAGGACACUACGUGUCUGACCAGGGUCUCCACAUGGACGACGCGAAGAUCACUGCUAUUGCAGAGUGGCCUGCCCCCACAUCCGCCAAGCAGCUUCGCAGCUUCCUAGGUCUGACCAGCUACUAUAGUAACUUCAUCCGGGGAUAUGCUAGGUAUUCCUACGUACUUACCUCCACCCUCCUCCGGAAGAACCCACCCUGGGCCUGGACACCCCUCCACAAGGACGCCUUCCGCGCCCUCAAGAAGGCGGUGACAUGCACACCGGUUCUUCACCUACCCGAAUUUGAUCUCCCUUUUAUCCUUACCACCGAUGCGUCAGACUUUGCUGUAGGAGCAGUGCUUUCUCAGGUUUUCCCCUCCUCCCCUGAUUCCUCUCAUCCUCGUAUUCCUCUCUUCCCACUGCCUACCCCUACCACUGCUUCCCGACUUACGCCUACUCGUACAGCUACUGACGAGCCUUCUUUUGACUAUUCUCCUACCAUCGUCGAGGACGGCACUGUCGAGUCUCGCUCAGGUGAUUGUCUGAUAGCCUUCUACUCCCGUCAGCUCCUGGUCGCCGAGAUAAACUACACCGCUGAUGAACGUGAGGUUCUCGCAGUAGUUUAUGCCGCUCGGCACUGGCGUCACUACCUGCACGGCGCACCAUUCACGAUGCACCCCGACACGAGUUGUUCCGCGCUGGAUGAUUGGGUUGCACACAUGACGUCGAUCAUGAAGACCGCACAUGAGCACAUAGCCGCUUCCCAGACUCGCAUGACGGCACGUGCAAACCGAGCGAGGAUGGAUUAUCCAUUCAAAGUCGGUGACGAUGUGCUUAUCGACGCCUGCCACUUACAGCUCGAAGCGGACACGCUUCGCAAGUCUCGACGUCGCUUCUUUGGCCCAUGCCGCAUCCUCCAGGCCGUCGGUUCUGAUACAGCAUCUAGCCCGGUCAGCUUUCGUGUGAAGCUGCCCGAUUACCUACGCCAGGCUCGUGUGCACGAUAUCUACCACGUCUCGUUACUGCAUCCUUAUCGCAGACCGUUUGAGCGUUUGGCCGGACGACCAUACGAGCGCCCUCCACCCAUCAUGGUGGACGGUCACGAGGAGUUCCUCGUUUCAGACAUUAUUGGUCGACGAGUGACCGACGACAACCCUCCCCACGUUGAGUAUCUCGUACAGUGGAAGGGUUACCCUGAUGAGGAGGCUACCUGGGAGCCCCUCGAGCACUUGCAGCACGCUCGCAUGUUGGUGAGUGCCUAUGACCGUGCUCGUCGUGCUAGGUUCACUGCUCCUCCUCAGCCCACUAACCCUCCUCCUUCUCCCCCAGCUGAGGAGACCGCUGAAGUCGAGCCUGCUCCAUCUGAGGCAGACCUUCAGCAGCAGUCGGAUGCUUCUGUGCGUCCACAGCGCACUCAUCGUCGUCAUGCUCGAUACGACGAUUGACUCUGACUUACCUUCGCACGCCCUUGACUUCUCAGUACUCCAUCCACUCUAGUUUUGCUACUUCAGCUCGUCGACGUUGCGGCUCUUCCUCGACGACAUUCCGGACUUCUCAUCGUGGACGUCAUCGGCAGCUUCAUGGACUUCGUCACGAUCAGCUCUGCCUACUUCAGACGUCAUCACUCUCUUACCACUUUACCCUGUACAUUACCCUUGUUGUGUCGCAUGAUGGUCUCCUUUUAGCCGGGUUCCUCUGAGUUGGGCUCUCCCUUGGUAUACGCAUAGGCAUCGAGACCGUAGCGUUGCCCUGGCUU